AUGGAACACGCAAUAAAUAGUACUUUACCCUUAAAUCAGGAGGAAUUCACAUGGAACGGAAAAGAUCGUCCUCAGUCUGUUGAAAGCAGGGCUGGUCGAAUUUCGGACUUGAUCGAUGAGAGUAAACCUUGGCCGUAUACUCAUCCCGUCGUCAAUUCAAUAAAGUAUCGACAGAAUCAAAUGGACGGCGAGCUAUUCAUUCAUUUGCUGCUAAAAUUCGCCGGGGUUGAACCAAGUUUAUAUCCCCCCGUAGAAAGAGCAACUCUAAAGGAAUUAUCUAACGCUAUAUACAGUAGUACAAAGAUAAAUGAAUUACAGUCUCAUUGUUUGAUGUAUUAUAUAUUGAGAGAUUGGAAUAUGCAUCAUAAAUUCGCCGUUAGGUAUGCGAUUCCUUAUGGAUGGAUGUCAUUAAUGGAUGGGUUUUGGUCAUUGGAUCAAUGGCGCUUUGAGGAAGCUAUUCGUUUUCUAGGUGAACCAGAGGUUAAAAAAGUCGAUUAUAAUCAUAAAGUCAUUCAAACUCUGUUCAAUCAUGCAGGACCUCGUGAGGCAAUGCUGUAUGUUGAUAUCACAAAGCCAGAUUUGACGUCUAAAAAAGAAGAUGUGGAACUUUUAUUUGAUUUAUUAAUGCGAUGCGAUUUAAUGGAGGCAUUGUUUUACUUGCGAAAUCAACCUGAAGAAUUUGACAAAGCCUUGUUAUUUCGAAAAUUAUUAGACUAUUGCUUCAAUGAAGCACCACGUGCUGAAAAAUUAAACAAGUUAUUAUCUUUUCCGUUAAAUAAAGAAGAGGAGUUGAUCGUGGAAGAUUAUUGUCUAAAAAGUGACAAUCCAGUUUGUUUGGAAUUCUACAUGAUGUACGCCGUUCAUCAUGAUCGUAAAAUCGAAGCCAUUAAAUUGUAUGAUCGAUUGAGACGUGAAUUGAAAGAUGAACGUGCAACAGCAGCCUCUUUCCUCAAGAGAGGUAAGAUCAUCGAGGAUAUACGGAGAAAUUUAUCACCCAUAGAAAAGCAGUUAUUAUCACAAGAGUAUGAUUCAUAUGAUAUUAUAAAAGUGAAUAGACCCCUGAAAUCAGAAAAGAGGAAAAUGAAAGGAAAAGAACCGAUAUCGUCUUAUACCCUGGGUUCAUUCAAGUCAAACAUUUCCCAAGCAACCAGCGCAAUUGAAUCAUCAUCAUCGCCCAAGCAGAUAACACGAUCAUCAAAUCAAAAUGAAAAUUCGUUUAUUGUCAAUUUAAGAUCACCUUUAAUGCCUCAACAGGCUAAUCAGACAAUUUCACCACCAAGUGUCCUUUCCCCAUUGACAUCUCUGGCCAAUAAGAAUGUAUUCACCACUUCUAAUAAUACGGGCGCACGAUCUCCAAUGACUACACCACUACCCAAUAAAAGUCCUUUCUCACCUACUUCAACUGCACCUUCCCCUUCCACAGUAAAAUCCUCAAUUAAAAAAUCCGAAGCAAUUCGACAUACUCCAUAUCUAGCAAAUAGGCGAAUAACAAGAUCGAUGACAAGGAAACAACCGACACCCUAUUUGCGAACAACUAAUCAGCAAUCAGUUUGA